UCGGCUCUUGCUCAACUCCCGGCUUCCCUCCAUCGACGAAACUCGGCUCAGAUCAAUUCGCCUCGAAUCCGAGUCCUCCCCGACCUUUCGAGCUCUCACCGCCUGUCAUCUGUAUUCUUCGUCCUGGAGAGAAGGUCGCGGUCGCGGUGUCAUGGAAACAUUAUCUUGAACGCCUCAAAGAGAACUUUCGAUCACCCGAGUGGAUAUUGAUUACAUCAUGGAUACCCAUCACGCAACCCGGGAACUCCUGGGAUACCUUCGGACUGGAUCUCCAAUUCUCCUCCUCCUCGUCUUCAUCGCUUCAUUUGUUGCGAAUUCCAUUCUGGCAGCCAAGAGCGUGAAUCGCAACAGCGAAAAUGCACAGACCGGACCUGGAGGAAGACCGCUCCCCAAGCGAUCAAGGAGCACAAUGACCGUUCUCAAAAGCCCCCAAAAGUUCUCUCAGAACGCAAAGUUGCUCUUCAAAUGGCUCUCAGUAGGAAUUCUGUUGACCAUUGUGGCUGAAGGCGCGCUUAAUGUGUCGCAUGUCAUCAUCGCUAGAUCGGAGCAUUGGUGGUGUGGCCAGUCUGUUGUGAUAUACGUUGUGGGUUCAUUCUUUGACUAUGCGAUUAUCCUCGUUUCAUUGUUGGACACGAACCCGUCUCCGACAUUCGCUCAAUUUGUCCCGUGGCUCAUCGCGAUCCCAAUCGAACUCGGAGUCCUUGGCACAUCCCUUUCUAUCUACACUGGUCCCCAUCGAGAACCAGUGGUUGGAGACCCUAAUGGCGGUCGCCUUCGACAUGGGAUAACCUCUUGGGAGGUGGCAGGGGUCAUAUUCAACUGCUUCCGAGUGCUUAUUCUCGCUACCAUAGUCCUCACUUAUGUUGUUAAUACGGUCAGCGUCAACCUCAAAAGGGAACGAAGCCACGCCAAUGGCUCUACCGAGACCACAGGACUCCUGGAUGCCCACAACGUAGAGAACGGGGAUGGCUAUGGUGCGACAAACGGCCACGGUGCGACGAAUGGUCACGCUCAAUCUUCGAAGCCUACCGAUCCAUGGGUGCGCCCGACCACCGUCCCCUCCACAAGCUGGUGGGAAUAUCUGAGUGGAUACUCCCUGUUCUUUCCGUACCUCUGGCCAUCAAAAUCUCGCCGCUUGCAGAUCGUGGUGGUCAUCUGUUUCUUGUUAAUCAUUCUGCAACGCAUUGUCAAUGUGCUUGUUCCUUACCAGGUGGGCGUCAUCACCAACAUCCUCUCCAGAGAGGAUGGCGAAUUUAGGAUCCCGUGGUUCGAAAUUUGCUUGUAUAUUCUCUAUCGGUGGUUGCAGGGUAAUCAGGGACUGAUCGGAUCUCUGCGCUCCAACUUAUGGAUUCCUGUGAGCCAGUACUCGUACAUGGAACUCUCAACUGCAGCUUUCGAGCACGUCCAUGGCCUAAGUCUCGAUUUCCAUCUGGGGAAGAAGACGGGUGAGGUGCUGUCUGCGCUCAGCAAAGGUAGUUCGAUCAACACAUUCCUUGAGCAGGUCACCUUCCAAGUCGUCCCGAUGUUAGUCGAUCUUUGUGUAGCCAUUGUUUUUUUCCUCAUCUUUUUCGACGCAUACUACGCCCUUGUGGUUACGAUCAUUACUUUCUGCUACCUCUACGUCACGGUGCGCUUAGCACAAUGGAGAGCGGAGAUUCGGAGAGAAAUGGUCAACAAAUCCAGACAGGAAGAUGCCGUUAAGAACGACUCGAUGGUCUCUUAUGAAACCGUCAAAUACUUUAACGCGGAGGACUACGAGUUUGGCAGGUACCGCCAGGCGGUGUCAGAUUACCAGAAGGCCGAGUACCAUGUGCUCUUCUCUCUCAACCUAAUGAACACGUCACAAAACACUGUUUUCAUGCUGGGCUUGCUUAUCGCCUGUUUCAUCGCUGCCUACCAGGUGUCGAUGGGACAACGAGAUGUCGGUCAGUUUGUGUCACUGCUCACGUAUAUGGCACAAUUGCAAGGACCCCUUAACUUCUUUGGCACCUUCUACCGGUCCAUUCAAUCAGCCCUCAUUAACUCAGAGCGAAUGCUUGAGCUAUUCCGGGAAAAACCUACCGUGGUAGACCGAGCUAGCGCCCGGCCGCUACCCGUAUGCAGCGGCCGCAUCACAUUCGACGACGUUAAAUUCUCAUAUGAUACACGGAAGCCGGCUCUCAACGGCCUGACAUUCCAAUGUGAACCUGGCACUACGACAGCUUUGGUGGGUGAGUCUGGCGGCGGGAAGUCCACAGUCUUCCGACUGCUUUUCCGCUUUUAUAAUGCUGAAAAAGGUCGUAUGUGCGUUGAUGGCUACGACGUCGAGAGUAUAACGAUCGACUCUCUCCGGCGGCACAUGGGCGUUGUGCCCCAGGACACAGUCCUUUUCAAUGAGACAUUGAUGUACAAUUUGAAAUAUGCUAACCAGAACGCUACGGACGAGGAGGUAUAUGAAGCGUGUAGAGCGGCUAGCAUCCACGAUAAAAUUCUGUCCUUCCCCGACGGCUAUAACACCAAGGUCGGCGAGCGUGGCCUGCGGCUGAGUGGAGGAGAAAAACAACGAGUGGCAAUUGCUCGCACCAUUCUCAAAAACCCGCGGAUCAUUCUCUUGGAUGAAGCGACUGCCGCUCUCGAUACUGAGACGGAGGAACAUAUUCAAGGGGCGCUAUCGAGUCUUUCUCGUGGCCGAACCAUGCUUGUCAUUGCUCAUCGUCUGAGCACAAUCACAACGGCAGACCAGAUUCUAGUCCUGCAUGAAGGACGGGUAGCUGAGCGUGGCACACACGAUCAAUUAUUGGCUAUGAAAGGCCGGUACGCAAGCAUGUGGCGCAAGCAGAUUCGUGCCCAGAGGGCUGCAGCUGAAGCCCAAGUGCUGCAAGAUCGAGCUCAACGCUUGCGUAGCGCAUCAACGGCAGGAGGUAUUGGUGAUGACAGCUCAAGCCAAUCUGACGAAGACCGCAAUAACAACACUCAUACUGCGACAGGUCGACAAAGUCAAGGCCACUCAACCAACAAGCUUACUGAAGAGAGCCGAAAAUGAAUGCUUCAAACUGUUGGGUAGAUGGUACGGCGUUAAGACGAAAGGUGACAUCGAUCAUGCCUGUCUUUCUCUACAAUUUACUUACAUCGAUUGCUGUAAAGCUUUCCCGAAUUUUCCAGGUUCAAGCUGAUAGGAAGUGGCACUCC